GUGGCAAAACAGCUGAAGAACCUUUUAACCUCAAAACCAAUCGAGGUUCCAAGUUGGUCGAUUGAGUGAACCAAAUGAUAAUAUGUCUGUGCCGACAUAGCACCAUCGUAGUAGCAAAGCUAUGCCAGUUUCCGACUCCUUAGAAGCAAUGGCUAUCCGCCAAGAGGCAGAGAGAUUCCAGUCUUUUCACCCCAGACUACAAAAGCUAUACGAAUUGUUGGACCAAGUAGACAAUGUUCCACUGAAGAGGAAAAUGAGGGAACUGGUAAACGGUCUAGAAGAGUCAUUGUUGAACAGUCCAGAAUUUACAGCAACUAAGAUAAGCAGUAACCUUGUACUUAAACUUGGAGUUGUUGGCAGUUCUGUAUCUGGUAAAUCCUUCCUGGUCCACCGGUACCUAACUGGCAGCUGUGCUAAAAUGGAGUCCUUUACUGGACGUCACAAGAAAGAGGUUAUCUAUGAAGGGCAGAGCCACUUGCUACUUGUCAGGGAUGAGACUGGACCCCCAGAUCUCCAGUUUACUCAGUGGGUAGAUGCUGUCAUCUUCGUAUUCAGCCUUGAUGAUGAACUGAGCUACAACGUGAUAUCAGGGUACUACGCUAAGAUGGCCCAGUACAGAAACAUCUCAGAUGUACCUAUUCUUUUGGUGGCAAUGAAAGAUGGAGUCAACGAUGAGCAACCUAAGAUGAUAAGUGACAGUCGUAUUCGUAAAUUGAUCACUGACCUGAAGCAGUGUGUCUAUAUGGAGGCGUCUGCUUUAACGGGGAAUAAUGUGGAUCGCAUCUUCCAAAUAGCUAUUGAAAAGCUGAUCCAGGCUAAGAAUGGACCUGUUCUUACAUCUUAUGACCCUGUCCAGUCGCCAACUAUUAGAGAGGGAGAAGCAAAUGUUUACUCGACCAGUCCCAGUAACAGUAUUAUAAACAGUGCUGUAUCCACACCACAAUCCACUACCAAGAGAUCAACAAGAAGGAGAACCAUGCUUUUUUCGAAAGAUAAAAAGGAAAAGGAAGUUGUUCCUGACCAGGAUGUUGGUAGUGGGAGAGCAAUUCCUAUAAAACAGGGUUACCUUUAUAAGCGAAGCUCAAACUCUAUCAAACAAGAAUGGAAGAAGAAAUAUGUAACCUUGCUAGAUGAUGGAAGCUUAGUUUAUUAUCCAAACAUGCAUGACUACAUGGAUGAUGUACAUGCUAAAGUUCUCAACCUCAAACAUACCACGGUCAAAAUACCAGGCAAGCGACCUCCCAAGGCAUCCAGCCAGAACUCCGAUUCGCGACCAACCACACCAGUGGACCCUGCUAUGACUGGUACUGACAGCAAUAAUGCUGACUCACUUAGCAAGAAUGCUACUGAUGCGCAAAACGGCUUUGAUUGUGCUGCUUCCGAGCAUGAUGUUAAUUCUGCUAUUGCCAGUAUUGGCAAUCAAAUAGGUGCCCCUGCAGCGACCAAUUUAAAUAACACAAAUAAGGAGGCAAACACUUCUAGUGUCCCAAAGAAGAAAAACAAGAGAAAUAAGCAUGCGAGCAAGUCGUGUGAACUUGACUAUGAGGAAUUAGAAAAAGCUCUUGUAGCAGCUAAUGUGGCUUUGCCAGGAGCCAUGAGAACUGAUGCACAGACUUCUAGCUUAAAAAGGAAUAAGGGGCACAGACGGGUGAAGAGUGGUGGUGGUGGUGGGAAGUUUGACACUGACACAGAGAGUUUAGAAUAUGAAUUUACAAUUAUAUCGCUUGAAGGAAAGUCAUGGCAAUAUGAAGCUGGAGGAGCAGAGGAGCGCGACAGCUGGGUACAGGCCAUAGAGCAACAGAUAUUGAACAGCUUACAGUCAAAUGAUAGUGGUCGCGAAAAGUCACGAAUGCAAAGUACGUAUUCAAACGAAGGUAAUGACAUACAAGCCAUCAGAGCAAUCCCCGGGAACAACAUCUGCGUGGACUGUGGAGCACCGAAUCCGGACUGGGCUUCGCUGAACCUUGGUGCUCUGAUGUGCAUAGAAUGCUCAGGUGUCCACCGGAACAUAGGAACACAUGUGUCAAGAGUUCGCUCGCUAGACCUCGAUGAUUGGCCAUCAGAGGUGACGGCCGUCAUGUGCUCAAUCGGCAAUUCAUUGGCAAAUAGUAUCUGGGAGGGAAGGAUAGGCAAUAGGGAAAAACCAACUCCCUCAUCGUCAAGGGAAGAGAAAGAACGAUGGAUCAGGUCAAAGUAUGAAAACAAAGAUUUCCUCUCAGAGCUGCCCUCGUGUGAUUUCUCUCUAGGAGAGCAACUGUACGAAGCUGUUGAUAAGGAGGAUCUUCCUCUCUGCAUCUUGCUUCUUGCCUACUGUACCCCUGAUGACGUCAAUGCCGUCAACGAUGACGUGAAUCGAUACACUGCACUACAUGUCAGCAGUAUCCUUGGCAACAUAGUCAUUACGCAACUCCUUAUAUGGUACUUUGCGGAUGUUAAAAUACUGGACGCAAAGGGGCGAUCCGCCCUCUGGCAUGCAAACUCCUCUGGCAGUAAAGAAUGUUCGGACAUUUUACGUCACAACGGUUGUAACGACCUCGGAACAUUGAUACCCCAAGGAAGUGAUGUCAUCCUAUGACCACGUGACCUGUUAGCUUAGUGUGAAUUCCCAGAGCAUAUCAAAGAGUAAUAUAAUGUCCCCCAGGAUUUUUCUGCAUAUAAUACUACGCGAGUGAAUGGGUAUUUCCUCUUUGUUUAAGUAGGAACUUUUCUUGCUUCUAGGUUUUCCUUCAAAGUCAGUCGGUCCGGAUUGCGUGACAAAAACCCUUAUAAUUUUGAAACUGUACUUUCCCUGCAUUUUUCUGAUAAAGUAAUAUAUAAUAGAGCCGUUUUUAUUGUAAGAUGGUUUGAAUUUUAUCGUAGAUCGCUACUGAAUUGCAUUAGAUUUCACAGAAUACAAAACCACGCGCACGCAAUUCGGAUCAAUAGACUUCUAACGCAAAAUCUAAAACUAUUUAUUCCAUAAAAAUUGAACAUGUAUCACUCAAUAAUCCGUGGUACGUUCAUUUUUGUGCGUUUCCGACGCUAUCCGAAUACAUCUCGAAUCCGCGCCGUGUCACGUGAUUCAAAUUUUACGAAGACGGCUCUUAAAAAUUGAGCGAAUCUAAAUAAAGCCCAAAUUCAAAUGUUGUAUUUAUUAAAUUUAUAUGGAGUGUAUAUAGUAAUCCGGUGGAUUAUUAAAGGUGAAAGCGAUGGCUAUCACCGCUAGGGUCCAAAUAAAAUCUGGAUAACAUUUA